UUUUUGAAAUCAUAAAAGACACGUUUUGCUUUGUAAAACAGGGAUUGGAAUCAUACCGAUAUCCUAUAACUAUAAGAAUAUACAAUUUACGCUUAAAUAAUGGCUAUUAAUUUACUUAAAUCUUCAUUUAAGGUUUAUUUCCGGUUAUUUGUUAACCAUUUAAUAAAAUAUUUUGAGAAAUAGGUUCCUGACGUAAGUAGCUACGUAAAGUAAAACUAUUAUACCUUUUAGAUAUAAGCUGGUUGGCUGCUUUAUUCAAGCAUUUAAGCUAAUAAGGAAUCAAAGUAAUGCCAAUACUUCCUUUUAUUCGAAUAUUUAAGCGCUGCUGUAAAUGAUUUGUUAUAAAUCAUAUCAUGACUGGGAUAUGCGAGUCACCAAAGGGCAAAGUCCGAGUCAAACUUUCUGAAUAGCAACUCUCAACUUAUUUUGUAGUUACUUGUUUGUUCCCUUCAAGUUCAAUUGUUUUGUUUUAAUCCCAUUUAUUAUUUAUAUGAAUAUAAAGUUCUUAGCUGCUGUUUUCUUACUUGGCGAUUCAUACCUCUUCUAUCUUCAGUGAAAAUGUUAUUCGUUGACUUUUUCAUCAUUGAAAUGGUGGUUGUUAUAGAAACGAGUAACCAAUAAAAAGAUAGAUCAUAGAUGUCAUAGUAACCAGUAAUCACUAGAAUGAUGAGGGAACGCAAACUAUCAGGCAGCUGCUGUGACAGAAACGAUCUCAUCGCCCAGAUACAUCAUUUAGAGAGAUUAUCGGGCGAAGCAAGAUGCGACAGCAUGACCUCUCACAACGACUGCAAACGGAAACUCAACAAGAUCAGACGUCACGCAAAGGAGCAUUUGUCACAGUUUCUUAACGACGAUGGUUUUCUGGAACUGAGCAGACUAUCCCCGAAGGACAAGGAACUGUUAAUAAGCUGUGUCAGUGAGAGUCAACUAGACUCUUUUAUCGAGGCAUUUGAAACCUUUGAUAUGAACGACGACGCUAGUAUAUCUUCAUCUGAGUUGAGAGUGGUCCUUAAGUCUCUAGGUAUAGAGCCGACGGAAGAUGUGUUAACUGAGAUCCUCUCUGAAGUUGAUGCUGAUGGUAACGGCGUAGUGGAUGUUCAGGAGUUUCUGAUAUUCAUGGCCUCCAGAACAUUGUACAAAGAUGAGGAUCAGAAUAUAAGGGACGCGUUUAAACAGUUUGAUAAAGAUGGAAACGGUUAUAUAGAUAAAGACGAACUGAUAUCCCUUAUGGAGUCAUUAGGGCAGAAACUAUCAGAACAAGAGAUAGAUGAAAUGAUGCAAGAUGCAGACUUUGAUAAGGAUGGCAAAAUAAGCUAUCAAGAAUUCUACAUAAUGAUGAAGUUGGCAUACUGAGUGAAGAACCCAUUUGCACGAUACUCAGAUAUCAGAACAUAACAUGAGAUCACCGAACCAGUCAUCACGUGACAAGAAAUGAAACAAAGGACAAUUUGUAAUAUUGCUAUCAUAUACUGUGGUAUAAACGCGGCGAAGUGUUGCCAUGGUUACAAUGUUGUUGAAGUUGUAUUCGAGACUGGACAGAUAGAUUACUUAUGGACGAAUAAAUUUCAUUGCAUGGACGAAGAAAUGUUGUUUUCGCACAGAGAAAUAAGCAUCUUAAACCUCAAUCUUGGGAAUCCAAUUCUCGAUACUUUAUAAUGAUAAUAGUCCUGCUUCAGUUAUCAAUACUUUGUCAUAAUAACGACUAAUAAUCGUGCACAUUUAAAUGUUACGUAAGGUUCUAUUAUCAUGUACACUACAUGGAACGUUACAAUUUCAAAACAGCAAGAUUCAACAUUAGGGUUAGAUAGCAGAUCGAAAUGAUUCUACACAAAAAUUGUUUUCAAAAGGUCCUGCAUUCCGAUCAAUUUUACGUUUAGCGAAUAAGAGAGAAUUUCUAUUGGUUUUUAUCGUUCAAUUUGUUAAUUUUAAUUGACCAAUAAUUGUACUGUUUAACUUUAGCAUCAGUUGUUUUAGCAAAUGUGUUACUGAACUUCGCUACAGAAUUGGUGAUAUCUGUUGUAAAGUUUGUUAACGUAUUGUAAUAAUUAUUUCAAUCUUCA